AUGGUUUCGGAACUCGGCCUUAUUUAUUCGGCAGGCAGACACUGGACCGGGUCUAUGAUCGAAUUGGGCUAUGGACACCGAGAACCGGCUUACAAGACAGCUCACAAUUGGAUGGCAUCAGUAGACGAAUCUACCUUUUCAUGUUUACCUCGUCGCAGUGAGGAUAGUGGAGAGACUCAGCGAGAUCUAAUCACCAGCGGGUUGAUUCUCGAACAAUUUCUCGGAGCCACUUCCGAUUCGGGUGCUUCUUGCGAAGAUGUUCCCGAUGGUUCGGCUAAUAAGUGUGUCUUACCCUCCUCAAUUGCACGUUAUCUACUUGAGUUAAUCAAGGAGAAGGCGGGUUUUCGACACUCUCUUACAAGCCUCCUGCCUACAGAAAUACAAGAAUCUACUCAAUGCUACGUGGGGUAUGAAUAUCGUCACCGCAAAGUGCGCUGUCGCAGCUGUGAGCCGCAGAGUAAAGGCCCUCAGCUGGGAAAUCCCACUCUUUCAUCAUUUCUAUUUGAACGCCUCGUAAUGGGUCGCCAGCACCAACCACGAUGCCCUAUUUCCCCACCUCGAAAACGUCUUUCGCUCUCGGACUCAGAAAUAUGCUAUGCAAAAGUUUUAGCGGAUUCUACAGGAGUUGAAGCUGCGAAUCGCGAUAGCACGGAUUCGUCUCAAAAAUGUCCAGUUACGACCUCUUCAGAGACCAUUGAAGUGACUACCUCUCCAGAAGAACCCAAAACCACUCCAAUUUUCGACGCAGGGGAGGAGAUAAUUGAGUCCGAAGAGGUAGACAACGAAGCCACUUUGUUGGAUACCUCACCGGAGUCGAAUGAAUUGGGGGCAGUAUUAUGUGAGUCCACAUCAAUGGAAGUUCCAAAGAUUCCCAAGAGAAAAUCCGUGAGAUUCGCUGAUGAUGUUGGCGAUGCACUGUUUCAGGAAAGAGUAAUAAUCGACACAGCUCUUCCACCAACCUUGCACCUGGAACGACCAUUCUCACUUGACGACGAUUAUCGAGAUAUGGGUGAUCUGGAUGAUUCUUUGCCAGGAGUUUUAAGACCCGGCCUCAAGGCCCUUGGACCGAAGCACAACAGCCUACCUGACAUCAUGAAAAUUCCUCCACCACUUCCAAAGCUGCAUCACUCGAAUAGCUCUAGUGGCACGCUCACUCUCAGCGCCUUGAAGUCCCCGCCCAGCCUGACCUCUCCAACUAAUGGCCCUGCUAAUUGGCGCCUCACAUUUGCUCAACCUGCUGCCCAGUAUUUGGCUUUCCGUCAGCGCUUGGAAUCCAAUUAUGUGUCACUUGAAAAUGUCUCAAUGUCCAACCAAAAGGAUGGCAAUGAAAACCUCUACCUCUACGGUACUAUCAAGGUGAAAAAUAUCACUUUUGAGAAGCAGGUCAAACUUCGGGUCACUUUUGAUAGAUGGGCUAGCCACAAGGAUUACCCAGCUGUCCACAAUGCUCAACUUUCCAGAAGCGGUGGCAAUGCUCCCUAUGACACGUUCAUGUUCAACUUUAGUGUCGAAGUUUCCAAAAUGCCUGAACCUCGAGAGCUUCAAUUCGCCGUUUGCUUUCAGGCCGGACCGAACGGUAGCGGUGGAGAGUAUUGGGACAAUAAUGACGGUUGCAAUUACGUGGUGAUAGAGGAGCCAGUUCUAAUGCCCAUGCAGCCCCUGGGAAGUGAGGAGUUUUUUCGCAAUCGCCCAUCGAUGGGGACGGGGGAGAGCCCUAUGCGGACUGCGGUGGGUGGUACUGAACGCGCUCCAUUUUACUCCAGUCCGCCUGUCACUGCCUAUACACAAGACUACCGGCCAAACUUCAAUAAUUUCUCCUCCCUCACAUGCUACUCAUCUUGGCAACACUAUGCCUCGGAGUCAAUGUACUACUAG